UGAGUUCUGCUCUAUUGCCUUGUCUUGAUUCUCCGUUUCUACUGCUUGUGCUCCAACACACACACACACACAUACAUACAACAUAUAUACAUACUCACGAUGGUCGAGGAGGAACCUUUUAGGCCAAGAGAGAAGAUCAUUGAGAAGCAAAAACUGUUCCAAAGCAUCCAUAAACCGACGUAUCUAAAAGGUCCAAUGGACAAGAUUACUUCAGUCGCUAUUCCUCUUGCUUUGGCCGGUUCUUCCCUCUUUCUCAUAGGACGCGGUAUCUAUAACAUGUCUCAUGGAAUCGGAAAGAAGGAAUAAGUAUCAAUCAGAACGAGUGAACGACUCCACAAUAUUCUAUAAUUCUACAUGCAUGUUGUUCAUAUAUGAGAUAACGAUACAUUAUAUAUAUAAGUUAUGCUCAACUUUCUUGUAAUACAUCAUGUAGACAUGUACACUAUACAAAAUCCUAAUG